AUGAUGAUAUUUUCUACCGCCGUGAUUGCAGCAUUUUUGGAAAUGUUGGUAUUUUUUGGAAAUGUUUGUGAUGGUUGCAUUCCUACGCAGAUUGUAGAUGUCGAAGAUGCGUUUCUUGUUCAUAAUUUGAAAAUUGAAGAAAACAAUAUGAUUUAUUGUGAAUAUGUUUAAAUAUUUGUGAUUUGACCGAUUUAUGGUCCAGAUGUCAAACGCUGAUCAGGUCAUCUUUGAACAUGUUAUGACGUCGUUUUUUUGCACGUUUUUAUCGGGACUUACUAAACUGUUUUGGAGUUAUUUAUAGAUUUGUAAAAUCAGGAGAUUCAGAUCCGACAACCACCACAACAACCACAACCACACAAACAACAACCACAACCACACAAACAACGACCACAACCACACUAAUUCCAUCUUGCAUUGAUUCAACCUGGACACUUUUUGAUAGAGACACUUAUUUUUGGUGUAUGAAGGCAUAUAUUGGAGCCACAACAAUUGCACAAAUGUCAUCAAAUUGUCAAAUUUUGAAUUCCGCGGCAGUUCCCACGGGUUUUCAAAAUACUGAAGAACCCACAACAAUACUCACAACAACAGCUACUGGUUUAAGACUUUGGUUGGGAACAUAUAGAAAUGAUGCAUGUGCUGAUGUUCGGCUUACUGUAGAUUGUAACGAGAUUACGAGUUUUCAUUGGACAGAUGGUUUCACAAGUGGAACUGAUGGAUUUGUUUGGGGCUGGGCACAACCUGAUAAUAGUUAUUUGGCACAAUUUUAUGCGGUGUUCUUGACGAGUACUGGAUUGAUGGACGAUGAAUUUGAUGAUUUGACCACAGAAGGAGUUUUGUGUGGAAUGGAAGCUAAUUAUACAUAA